CGGUGCCCGCAGCGCCGCCCUCCCGGGCUCCCGGGCCUCCUCGGGGCGGGGCCGCCUCCCGUCGCCCCUUUAUCUGCCGCCCUCCGCGGGCCCGCGCCGCCRGCUCCCAGCUCUGCCCCCCGCAGCUCCCUGUCCAGGCCCCCAGCCAUGGCCAUGGCGGUAGCCCAGAAGUUCAGCCACCUCCUGUCCAGCCUGUGGCACAUCGGCCAGAAGCCUCUGCAGCCGGAGCCGGUCUUCACGGUGGACCGAGCGGAGGUGCCGCCCCUCUUCUGGAAGCCCUACAUCUACGCUGGCUACCGGCCCCUGCACCAGACCUGGCGCUUUUACUUCCGCACGCUGUUCCAGCAGCACAAUGAGGCCGUGAACGUGUGGACCCACCUGCUGGCGGCCCUGGCGCUGCUCCUGCGGCUGGCCAUCUUUGUGGGGACCGUGGACUUGCUGGGAGACCCGCACGCCCUGCCGCUCUUCAUCAUCGUSCUGGCCUCCUUCACCUACCUGUCCUUCAGCGCCCUGGCCCACCUCCUGCAGGCCAAGUCUGAGUUCUGGCAUUACAGCUUCUUCUUCUUGGACUACGUGGGUGUGGCCGUGUACCAGUUUGGCAGUGCCCUGGCGCACUUCUACUACGCCAUUGAGCCCGCCUGGCAUGCCAAGGUGCAGGCCAUCUUCCUGCCCGUGGCUGCCUUUCUGGCCUGGCUCUCCUGCACGGGCUCCUGCUACAACAAGUACAUCCAGAAGCCAGGCCUGCUGGGCCGCACUUGCCAGGAGGUGCCCUCGGCCCUGGCCUAUGCGUUGGACAUCAGCCCGGUGGUGCACCGAAUCUUGGUGUCCCCUCACUCUGACACAGAUGACCCAGCUCUUCUCUACCACAAGUGCCAGGUGGUGUUUUUUCUGCUGGCUGCCUCUUUCUUUUCUACCUUCGUGCCCGAGCGCUGGUUCCCAGGCAGCUGCCAUGUCUUUGGGCAGGGCCACCAGGUUUUCCAUGUCUUCUUGGUGUUGUGCACCCUGGCUCAGCUGGAGGCAGUGACGCUGGACUACGAGGCCCGUCGACCCAUCUAUGAGCCUCUACACACACGCUGUCCCCACAACUUCUCCGCCCUCUUCUUGCUCACUGUGGGCAGCAGUGUCCUCACUGCGUUUCUUCUCAGCCAGCUGGUACGGCGAAAACUCAACGAGAAGACCAAGUGAAGGGAGGGGCAGCCGGUAGGGAGGGGUAUGGUGGGGGACAGGGGUUCGGGCUUGGCCCCAGAUAGGAACAAGGCCUGGUAAAGUUGUUUGUGUCUGGCCCGAGGUGACUCCCUGCACACACCCCACUGUCAAGGAUGGCACUGGCCAACCUUUAGACUUGGAAAUUGGCCAGUUGCUGCUGGGUCAACUCUGGAUCUGCCCAGUUCCCUGCC